CUUUUUUUUCACUACAAAUUCUUAAGCGUGUCGGUUACAAUAUCUUUCAUAAGAGGAUUCAGUUGCAUAUUCUUAAGUAUUAAGCAACAGAGAAACAAAACAAGAACAACAGAGAAACCCCAAAAUUUCAAUACGUGCAGCGAGUGAGAAUCGAGUUUUCUAGUGCCAAUAUGGACGGACCACCAGCCAACGACUGUUGUGCAAUUUGCCAUGGCAACUUCCAUAUCCCGCAUCAAGCCAAUUGCUCUCAUUGGUAUUGCGGAAGUUGCAUUUUAGAAGUUUGGAAUCAUGGAUCUGCAUUACAACCAUGUAAAUGCCCUCUUUGUCGUCGCCACAUUACUUUGUUGGUUCCUAGCCAGGAAUCCUCUCAGCAAUCUGAUAAUCCCGAAGCUUCUGAGAUUAUAAGAAAGAUUGAAUCUUAUAACCGAAUCUUUGGUUCACAUUCAACAGGACUAAGCCAGAGACUGCAAGACCUCCCGUUUCUGAUCAAAAGAUUGUUCCGAGAAGUGAUGGAUCCUCAAAGAUCUCUCCCGUUUGUCAUCAAAGCACGCGUAUUUAUGGCACUUUUAUCAACUGUCAUUUAUGUACUCAGCCCAGUGGACAUUAUCCCCGAAGCAUUAUUUGGAAUAGUUGGUCUAUUGGAUGAUGUCAUUAUCGCCCUCAUCUUCUUCCUUCACGUUGGCACCUUGUAUCGGGCUAUACUGGUGCGUCGUUAUGGAGGAUCUUCAACAUGAAAUUUCAAACUGUAUGAUAAUGGACAUGGUUGUCUUAGUUUUGAGACUUUAUUUUGAACCAAAUUAUCAAAUUAAAUAUAAAUAUUUUCAUGUUUUGGUUGUUGGUUAGCUGCUUCCCAUUUGUGAAGUAAGAGAGGACUGACAAAACACUGUGAAUCAGAUAAAGAUUGAUGUCAAUGAGACGAAAGUACAAGCUUUUUUCCCACUCAAAAGGUGGGACAAAACCUGGCUCUCAAUCUCUUUUCAUUAUUUAAAAUAGCUCUAAAAAGUUUUGUUGGAAACAAAUGGGU